GAAGAUGUUAUGAAUGCAAACACGCGAAAACAUGGCCGGCAAGUCUGGUUGGAGAAGACUCUUUAAAGCAGCAAUUGUUGGAGAAGUGGUGCUCUUGAUAGGAUCUUAUAGGGUAUGGCAUCAAAUGAACACAAGUAGAGAUUACAGAAAGUGGAUGGAUGACAACUACCCUGCCAUUCUGGAAGGCUUCUACAGAUCAGCAGAGUUGGGUGGUUAUAGUGGAGCACGUGAGGCUGAUGCCGAGGCUUGGGGGAAGUAGAGUGCUUUCCUGAUAAGAUCAAGGAGACUCUAAACAGCCAGUGUCAACUGCACUGCGCAUAGUCAGUUGUAUCAAUCAAGGAACAAGAAACUGAAAAUCAUUCCCAGUUGAACUGGAGUGAGCUACUUAAAAUGAGCCUCUUUUUGGACAAUUGCAUGAAGAAUAAGAAACUGCCAAACUGGAUAAAGUCUGGACCAAAAGUACUCAAAGCUACAAGAAAAAUCAAUUAGCUUGUGUAGAUUAAGAAUAUUUAAAAGAAACAGGUAUAAGAGAAAGCAAUGAUCAGAAAAUGCAACUGUUUAAAAAUGUUGAUGCUCUUUCUUUGGAAUAUUUCCUCUAAACAGAACACCAUUCGCUUUAGCCAGGUGAUGAGGAUGAUAAGGUAUGCCAGAUUUCGCACAUUGAAAAUAGUAAAACAAAAUCAAAUAAGCUGAACCCACCAAGUGAAGUGAAAGUCAUUUGGAGAGAAAAGUCACAAACACCAGUCACUUCAUUGUCCCACAUCAACACUUUAUUUCAAAGAAUAUUAUAUUCAACUUUCACCAAUCAUUAGCCCUUUGAUCCCUAACAGUGACUAGUAUCUAAUUUCUCCUUACAAUAUCACCCCUAAAUCAAACAUUAAGGUCACGAGAAUAAAGGAAAUGAUCACCAACCAAAAAAAGGUCUUGAUGGUUCAACGAAUUCUCAUAGUUAGCACCUUAAGAAAUCUCUGGAGAACAGUAUGGAGAAUAUGCAUACUGAUGUAAGGAUUAGAGAGUUAACUUGAGGCAUUGGAUGGACUGACUAGCUUGGGGUGGGCCUGAGAGUGAUGCAGACGAAGGAUCUGUCUAUCAAGUCUUAAAAUACAAAGCUUAUAAACCCUUCUUACUGAAGUUAUAAAACUCAAUUAUUGUUUAACAUGUUCUUCAGAACUGGUUAGAGUCUUAAGGGAGACUCGUGAAUGAAUAUAUGACUUCAUGCUUGA